ACCAUGUAAGCGGCUUCGCUUCCUGCCGCAUCCGCCGGCGGUGCCCGUAGUCCCCGGGAGUCUCGCUUCCUGCGCUUCAGCGGGGCGAAGCGGCGGCUAGCCAGGAUCCAUCUGACAUCAGCAAUGAUAUCCCUGGUUCCACGUCCUCUUCUGAAACCGGCGUGAAUUUCUGGCAGUUCCCUGUCGAUAUACUGCUGCAGCUGUUUUUGAAUGAUCUUCAGCAGACUUUUGCUUGCGUGUGAUACUGAUGAUAUUGUUCUAUAAUUUCCACAUUCCGUUGGAUCACCUUUCUUGGGAAUAGGCGUAAAUAUGGAUCUCUUCCUAUCAGUUGGCCAGGAAGCUGUCUUCCAUAUUUCUUGGCAUAGCCAAGUGAGCACCUCCAGCGCUGCAUCUGUUUGUUGAAACAUCUCAAUUGAUAUUCCAUCAAUUCCUGAAGCCUUGUUUUUCGCCAAUGCCUUCAGAGCAGCUUGGACUUCUUCCUUCAGUACCACCGGUUCCUGAUCAUAUGCUACUUCUUGAAAUGGUUGAACAUAGACUAAUUCUUUUUGACUCAUGAAAUGGCCACAGAUGACAAGGCUUCCCCAACACUGGACUCGGCUAAUGAUUUGCCUCCAUCUCCUACUAGCCCUUCUCACCUCACACACUUUAAGCCUUUGACUCCUGAUCAGGAUGAGCCUCCUUUUAAAUCUGCAUAUAGCUCUUUUGUAAAUCUCUUUCGAUUUAACAAAGAGAGAGCAGAAGGGGGACAGGGAGAGCAGCAGUCUCUGAGUGGAAGUUGGACCAGCCCUCAGCUUCCUGUAAGGACACAAUCUGUGAGGUCACCUACACCUUAUAAAAAACCGCUUAAUGAGGGACUCCAUCGGCGAUCUUCAACUGUAUCAGCAGAGAACAGUUUGCAGCAUCCCCAGGAGAGCACAGAUGCAAGAAGGAAACCAGAACCUAACUUUGGAGGUCAUGACCCUCGUACAGCUGUUCAGCUUCGAAGCCUCAGUACAGUAUUAAAACGCCUGAAGGAGAUCAUGGAGGGGAAAAGCCAGGAUAGUGACCUGAAGCAAUAUUGGAUGCCAGAUAGCCAGUGUAAAGAGUGCUAUGACUGUAGUGAGAAAUUUACAACCUUUAGACGUAGGCACCAUUGCCGACUGUGUGGGCAGAUUUUCUGCAGUCGUUGCUGUAAUCAAGAAAUCCCUGGAAAAUUUAUGGGCUACACAGGAGACCUCCGAGCUUGUACAUACUGUAGAAAAAUAGCCUUAAGUUAUGCUUAUUCCACAGACAGCAAUUCCAUUGGGGAAGACUUGAAUGCUCUUUCAGAUUCUGCCUGUUCUGUGUCUGUGCUCGAUCCGAGUGAACCCCGAACACCUGUUGGGAGUAGAAAAGCCAGCCGCAACAUAUUUUUAGAGGAUGAUUUGGCCUGGCAAAGUUUGAUUCAUCCAGACUCCUCCAAUACUGCACUGUCCACAAGACUUGUAUCUGUUCAGGAGGAUGCUGGAAAAUCUCCUGCUCGAAAUAGGUCGGCCAGCAUUACUAACCUGUCACUGGAUCGAUCUGGUUCUCCUAUGGUACCUUCAUAUGAGACAUCUGUCAGUCCCCAGGCUAACCGAACAUAUGUUAGAACAGAGACCACUGAGGAUGAACGCAAAAUUCUUCUGGACAGCGUUCAGUUAAAGGACCUGUGGAAGAAAAUCUGCCAUCACAGUAGUGGAAUGGAGUUUCAGGAUCACCGCUACUGGCUGAGAACACAUCCCAACUGCAUUGUAGGGAAGGAUUUAGUCAACUGGCUAAUCCGAAAUGGACACAUUGCUACAAGGGCACAGGCUAUAGCAAUUGGACAAGCAAUGGUUGAUGGACGAUGGCUGGACUGUGUCAGUCAUCACGAUCAGCUUUUCAGGGAUGAGUACGCACUGUACAGACCCCUGCAGAGUACGGAUUUCUCCGAGACGCCUUCUCCAGACAGUGACUCAGUGAACUCUGUGGAAGGACACUCUGAGCCAUCUUGGUUUAAAGACAUAAAGUUUGAUGACAGCGACACAGAACAGAUAGCUGAGGAUGGUGACGAUAAUUUGGCUAAUUCUGCCAGUCCUAGCAAGCGCACAUCAGUCAGCAGUUUCCAGUCCACAGUGGACAGUGACUCAGCUGCUUCCAUCAGCCUGAACGUGGAGCUGGACAACGUGAACUUCCAUAUCAAGAAGCCCUCCAAGUACCCACAUGUGCCCCCUCACCCUGCUGACCAAAAAGAGUAUUUGAUUUCUGACAAUGGCGGACAACAGCUCUCGAUAAGUGAUGCCUUCAUCAAAGAAUCGUUAUUUAAUCGUCGGGUAGAGGAAAAAUCCAAAGAACUUCCUUUCACACCUUUGGGCUGGCAUCAUAACAACCUGGAGCUCCUGAGGGAGGAGAAUGGAGAGAAACAAGCAAUGGAGAGAUUGCUUUCAGCUAAUCAUAACCACUUGAUGGCACUACUCCAACAGUUGCUCCAUAAUGAGACAUUGUCACCAUCCUGGAGGGACAUCAUUGUGCCACUGGUCUGCCAGGUUGUUCAGACAGUCCGACCUGAUGUCAAGAACCGGGAUGAUGACAUGGAUAUUCGUCAGUUUGUCCACAUCAAAAAAAUCCCAGGUGGAAAGAAGUUUGAUUCUGUGGUUGUCAAUGGCUUUGUUUGUACCAAAAACAUUGCACAUAAAAAGAUGAAUUCUUGUAUUAAAAAUCCCAAAAUUCUUUUGUUGAAGUGUUCCAUUGAGUAUCUUUACAGAGAAGAAACCAAGUUUACUUGCAUAGAUCCUAUUGUGCUUCAGGAAAGGGAAUUCUUGAAGAAUUACGUUCAGCGAAUAGUUGAUGUUCGGCCCACAUUGGUUCUAGUUGAGAAAACCGUGUCUCGGAUUGCCCAGGACAUGUUGCUGGAACAUGGCAUUACUUUGGUUAUUAAUGUAAAAUCCCAAGUUUUAGAUCGAAUCAGUCGUAUGACUCAAGGUGAUUUAGUAAUGUCGAUGGACCAGCUGCUUACAAAACCACACCUGGGCACCUGUCACAAAUUUUAUAUGCAGAUGUUCCAGCUGCCUAAUGAACAAACCAAAACGCUGAUGUUUUUUGAAGGCUGUCCACAGCACCUAGGCUGCACAAUCAAGCUUAGAGGAGGCUCUGAUUAUGAGCUGGCCCGAGUUAAGGAGAUCCUGAUAUUUAUGAUCUGUGUAGCUUAUCAUUCUCAACUAGAAAUCUCUUUCCUCAUGGAUGAAUUUGCUAUGCCGCCCACAUUAACUCAAAACUCUUCCUUCCACUCUCUGAUUGAGGAAUGUGGAGAGGAAGGCGCUGCACAAGAGCAGUUCAGUGGAAGUCCCCUGCCCCGGGACCCUGACUUCCCUCCUGACAGGCUGCCCAUGAUAUCAGAGGCUCUGCCCUCUGAUGAUAGCAGUUUGUUGGAAUCAAGGAUUGUGUUUGAGAAGAAUGACCAGGAAAAUAAAAGUGUUCUGCAGGAUGUCUCUUUGAAGCAUCAAGAGUGUGCCACAACAGCUUGCGUGUCUGGGAUCCCCUGUGCUCUCUUCCCAUUGUUACCAGGAUCAUUGCUGCCGCUGCACAUGGAUGACCAACAGGAUGUCGUAGUCAAUGAGGAACCGGAGACUUUGCAACAAGCAGAUGAGCUGCAGGAUCCCAAAAGCCAGAUGAGAGCCUUUAGAGACCCUCUGCAGGAUGACACAGGAUUAUAUGUUGCAGAGGAAAUCACCUCCUCUGAAGAUAAACGAAAGACUUAUUCUUUGGCCUUCAGGCAAGAAUUAAAAGAUGUGAUCCUGUGUAUCUCUCCAGUAAUCACAUUCCGGGAGCCCUUCCUUUUAACUGAAAAGGGGAUGAGGUGCUCUACCCGAGAUUAUUUUGCAGAGCAGGUUUACUGGUCUCCUCUCCUCAAUAAGGAGUUCAAAGAAAUGGAGGGCAGGAGGAAGAAGCAGCUGCUCAGGGAUCUUGCUGGACUUCAGGGCAUGAAUGGAAGUAUUCAGGCCAAGUCUAUUCAAGUCUUGCCCUCGCAUGAGCUAGUGAGCACUAGAAUUGCCGAGCAUCUGGGUGAUAGCCAGAGCUUGGGUAGGAUGCUGGCCGAUUACCGGGCCAGAGGAGGAAGAAUUCAGCAAAAAAAUUUAGAUCCUUUUGCUCAUUCAAAGGAUGCCUUAGGUACUUCCAAUGGCAAAUCAGGAAGCAGAGCUGAGAGUGAGGAAGAGAAAGGGUUGAUUCCGAGUGAUGCAUCGUGGUCGACGAAGGUGGACUGUUUGAACCCUGUCAACCACCAGAGACUCUGUGUGCUCUUCAGCAGCUCCUCUGCCCAGUCCAGCAAUGCCCCCAGCGCCUGCGUUAGUCCUUGGAUUGUAACAAUGGAAUUUUAUGGAAAGAAUGAUCUUACAUUAGGAAUAUUUUUAGAGAGAUACUGUUUCAGGCCUUCCUAUCAGUGUCCUAGCAUGUUCUGUGACACCCCCAUGGUGCAUCAUAUUCGGCGUUUUGUCCACGGCCAAGGCUGUGUACAGAUAAUCCUGAAGGAAUUGGAUUCUCCAGUACCUGGAUACCAACAUACAAUUCUCACAUAUUCCUGGUGCAGAAUCUGCAAACAGGUAACACCUGUUGUUGCUCUUUCCAAUGAGUCCUGGUCCAUGUCCUUCGCAAAGUACCUUGAGCUUAGGUUUUAUGGGCAUCAGUACACUCGCAGAGCCAAUGCUGAGCCAUGUGGUCACUCCAUCCACCAUGAUUAUCACCAAUAUUUCUCUUAUAACCAGAUGGUGGCAUCUUUCAGUUAUUCUCCCAUUCGUCUUCUUGAAGUAUGUGUUCCACUCCCCAAAAUAGUUAUUAAACGUCAGGCCCCUUUGAAAGUGUCGCUUCUUCAGGAUCUGAAGGAUUUCUUUCAAAAAGUUUCACAGGUGUAUCUUGCUGUUGAUGAAAGGCUUGCCUCUUUGAAAACUGAUACAUUUAGCAAAACUAGAGAGGAAAAAAUGGAAGAUAUCUUUGCACAAAAGGAGAUGGAAGAAGGCGAGUUCAAGAACUGGACUGAGAAGAUGCAAGCAAGGCUCAUGUCUUCCUCUGUAGAUACCCCUCAGCAACUGCAGUCAAUCUUUGAGUCACUCAUUGCCAAGAAACAAAGUCUUUGUGAAGUACUGCAAGCUUGGAAUAACAGGUUGCAGGACCUUUUCCAGCAAGAAAAGGGUAGAAAACGACCUUCAGUUCCUCCAAGUCCUGGAAGACUGAGACAAGGGGAAGAAAGCAAGACAAGUACAAUGGAUGCAUCUCCACGGAAUGUUUCUCCAGGACUUCAAAAUGGUGAAAAAGAGGAUCGCUUCUUAACUACCCUGUCCAGUCAGAGCUCCACCAGUUCUACCCAUCUCCAGCUGCCAACUCCACCUGAAGUCACAUCUGAGCAGAUGGUAGGAGGGCCCCCUGAACUUGAUACAGCCAGCAGUUCCGAAGAUGUGUUUGAUGGACAUUUGCUGGGAUCCACAGACAGCCAGGUGAAGGAAAAAUCAACCAUGAAAACCAUCUUUGCAAAUUUGCUUCCAGGAAAUAGCUAUAAUCCUAUUCCAUUUCCUUUUGAUCCAGAUAAACACUACUUGAUGUAUGAACAUGAACGGGUGCCCAUUGCAGUCUGUGAGAAGGAACCUAGCUCCAUCAUUGCUUUCGCUCUCAGUUGUAAAGAAUACCGAAAUGCCUUAGAGGAAUUGUCCAAAGCGACCUUGCGAAACAAUGCCGAAGAAGGGCCUCAAACAAAUAGUACUUUAGACAGCAGACCAAAGAGCAGCAGCCCUAUUAGAUUACCUGACAUCAGUGGAGGACAGACAAGCCGGACAUCAGAAGCAGAAUCACAACCAACCAAAAAGGCUUCUGGAGUGUUGUCCUUCUUCCGAGGGACAGCAGGGAAAAGCCCUGACCUCUCUUCCCAGAAGAGAGAGACCUUACGUGGAGCAGAUAGUGCUUACUACCAGGUUGGGCAGACGGGCAAGGAGGGGACGGAGAAUCAAGGCAAUGAGCCUCAAGAUGAGGCAGAUGGAGGAGAUACACAAAAGAAACAACUCACAAAUCCUCAUGUGGAGCUUCAAUUUUCCGAUGCUAAUGCCAAAUUUUACUGUCGCCUCUACUACGCGGGAGAGUUUCAUAAGAUGCGUGAAGUGAUUCUAGGCAGCAGUGAAGACGAUUUCAUUCGUUCCCUUUCCCACUCAUCACCAUGGCAGGCCCGAGGAGGCAAAUCAGGAGCUGCUUUCUAUGCGACAGAAGAUGAUAGAUUCAUUUUGAAGCAAAUGCCUCGUCUGGAAGUCCAGUCUUUCCUCGACUUUGCACCACACUACUUCAAUUAUAUCACAAAUGCUGUUCAACAAAAGAGGCCCACCGCAUUGGCCAAAAUUCUUGGAGUUUACAGAAUUGGUUAUAAGAACUCUCAGAAUAACACUGAGAAGAAGUUAGACCUCCUUGUCAUGGAAAAUCUUUUCUAUGGGAGAAAGAUGGCACAGGUUUUUGAUUUGAAGGGCUCUCUUAGGAAUCGAAAUGUGAAAACCGAUACUGGGAAAGAGAGUUGUGAUGUAGUUCUGCUGGAUGAAAAUCUCUUAAAGAUGGUUCGAGACAACCCACUGUAUAUCCGUUCUCAUUCCAAAGCUGUGCUGAGAGCGUCUAUCCAUAGCGACUCUCAUUUCCUUUCUAGUCACCUCAUUAUAGAUUAUUCUUUACUGGUUGGUCGAGAUGAUACCAGCAAUGAGCUGGUAGUUGGAAUUAUAGAUUAUAUUCGAACAUUUACAUGGGACAAAAAGCUUGAAAUGGUUGUAAAAUCAACAGGAAUUUUAGGAGGACAAGGUAAAAUGCCAACUGUUGUCUCUCCAGAAUUGUACAGGACUAGAUUUUGUGAAGCAAUGGACAAGUAUUUCCUGAUGGUACCAGACCACUGGACAGGCUUGGGUCUGAACUGUUGAAGUGUGAAGCACAUAUUUUGAAAUGGACUGUAAAGGAGAAGGGCCUAGAACAAAGGACCAAAAAUAAGCUACAUGUUUUAUUUCUUCAUCAGAUUCACCACUGUAUGUGAAGGCCUCUCAGUUCUGUGGCUGUUGUAGGCCAUCCAUAACUGAAGGGCAAAAGCUGCAUGGAUUUGCACUCUGGGUUGUGGUACCUGUGAAAGCUAUUUGUAGGCUGGGAAGUUGCAUGAACUUUUUCUCACUUAAGCUAAAGUAUAGGGACACAUUUCAAAGAGCUAAAGGACAUAGUUGAAGGUAUGUUAGAGAUGAGGCGAUAGGGUGAAAAUGGAUAGUCAUGUUUGCUAACUUAAGGUGUUAAGGAAACAGUGUCUUAUAGAUAUGACUGUCCUGGCAUCACAUUGGACACCUUCUUUAUUUUGAAAGUGUUUAUAGAGUUGGUGAGUUUGUUUUGUGUUUCUUAUGUAACAAUUUAAUGUUACUCAUCAAAAUUUCUGAAGCCUUUAAAAAAAUUCCUAAUUAUUCCAUUUAUGGCCAGUUAAGCAGGUUGGCAUGACCUGUUUUUUUUUUUUUUUUUGAGCAGUUUGACUUAAACUAGAAUCCUGUCAUGUUCAGUAUCUCCUCAGCUUGAUUCGUUUUGAGUAUGUUUGAUGUUUUUAAAGGUCUUUCUUUACUCCUCUGUGGGUGACAGGAGACUACAGCCAUUAACUUUAAGCCUUUUUUGGAGCUAUUUUUUAAAGCUUGUUUACAACUUUGAAACGGUGGUCACUAAAUCCGCAAAGGGAGAAUUAUUAAUGAAGGCUCUUUUUUUUUUAACCUAAAAAAUUAGACCUGAUCCCAAGGAAGUAUGGUGAGAAGGAAGCACUUGCUUGUUUUUUAUAGAGGGUAAAGUGUGUUUUUAUUGAAAGCCAGCAAUUUAAGUGGCAUCCAGAAAGUUUCCAGGGUAGACAUCCCUGUUUUCUAGCUUUACUACACAUUGACCAGCUCUGGCUACUGAGAAACGUUAAGAGACAGUUAUUCUUCUAUGGGACUUCCUGUUUAAUGGUCAGAGGUUUUGGUUUUAAAAGUGAUAAGAGGUACUAAAUUAUCUUUGAGGAAAUAUUGUAACACAGAAUAUUUCCUCUUGGCUUCUUUCUGCAACAAGGAUAAUUUGGGGAUUUUUAAAGUUUUAAGCUUUCUUCUCUUGGCUUUCCUAUAUUAGCAUAUUUCUUCACUAUUUAAUCUUGCAAUUUUCAUAUAAGGAAAAAAUAUGGAUAUAUUUCAAUUACAUAGACUAUAGGUACAUGAAAGAGGAACCUUUUGGAAAGUUUGCUUUAGAGAAUGAAAGCAUUAGUUUGGUAUUUGGUGCUUAUUAGAAACGUGGUUUGUUCUGAACUCGAGCAAGUUGGGGAUUUAUGACUGAUGAUAAAUGCUUUUUUUUUUUUUAACAUGUAUGUGCCUCGUGAAGAUGUACAAAACACUGAUGGUUUUAGUUUUGAUAUCAAAGACUAGUAAAGGAGUUGCACAAAGGUGAAAGAUAUGUGGACCAUUAUUACUUCUUAUGUGUCCAGGAACGAUGUGUUUUCAAUGUACACACUGUCUCUUUCCUUACUUUGUGUCAGGUUAUUUGGCGUUAUUUAUCCUGUCCAUUUCCUGCACCACUACUCAUGAGUGCUCCAAGUAGAAGGUGUCUUCCCUUACCCGUAAUCAGGUUGGUUGUUUGUUUUAGUCUAAAUACCAUGUGCGUUGCCAGACUGCUCUAUGGGAAUAGCUCCUGACAGUGUAUGUGUUAAUGUUGAUUUUGUUUACCUUGCUCAUGAUUGAAAAAUUGUUUAUUAAAGCACUGCUGCCUCUUAGGUAAUUCUGUGGUUAAAAAAAAUUCCAGUGUGCUAAGUUCUGAAGCAAUAGUUGCUGCCUUGCAAGGAUGAUCUGCCUUUUUAAAGCUAAUGUCUGGGCUGUAUUAAUGAAGGGCAAUAUAAAAUUUAACUCUUUGUUUUGAAUGGUAGAACCAUAUCCCCAAACCCCUCGUGGUCUUUUAUAGGCCACCAUCGUAGAUAUAAUCUGUUUCAAAUAUUGUGCUACUUGUGUUAAGAAUUAAAUGGCUGAGCGUUUCCCUUCUUGAAUUCCCUUUCAAGGCCUAGAAAAUACUAAUGUUGAAAAGUCAGGGAUGAGGAAGAAAUCUUAAUCCUUAGAGUAAAAUAUGAGCCCUGAGAAUAAUUGGCAAUAGCAGAAGAAAACUGUGUGAACAUGUUGCUUUGUACAAAAAUAUUAUUCAUAAAUGAAGCUUUUGAUGCCAUCCAAAAUUCAUUAAAAAAUAUGGGUUUACUUUUUUCCUAUCCAAGCCUGAGAAAAACAAGGUGAAUACGCAAGCUGCUGCGAACCCUUUUGUAGUGUAUGGAACACUUCAAAUUUAUACUCAAAAUUUCCUGCAAAAUGUUCUUAUAAUUUUUCCUUGAUCCAGCAGUGAGUCGUUUUCUAGCGUUGUCUUUCGUUGGGUGUUGUAAACAGUAGGGUUGUACUCAUUUUUGUGGUAUCAGGUUUUCUCCUUGGCAUUUUACCAUUAAUAGUGCGCUUGUAUAAAACUGCCAAGGAAGGUAAUCCAUAUGUAGAAAGUUGACUUAGCAGAGUGAAAACUAUUGUGGGCCUGAUGGUGAAACAGGUCAGGCUAUUCAUUAUUUCUCAAGUGUUAACAUACUGACUUACGCAGUAUUCAAAUGGUCUAGUGCAAUGCCUUUUUUUGUUUGUUUUUGUAACACGGGUGCAGUGUAUUAUAGAAAAAUAAAAAUUCCAAUCAUGAGCAGUUUUUGAGAAUGCUGCUUUAUCGGUUUUGUAAAAAAUGUACAUUGCGUUUUUUGACGUUUAAUUUUAACUAAAUGACGCUGUAAAUCAUAAUUGCCUCUUUUGAGAAAUUCUAUUAACAAUAUUAAAAGUACUUAAUGUAUCAUAUUGUAUAUAUUUCUCUACAUUGGUUCCGGCUGUGUUUUAUAUGAUUGGAUCUUAUUUAAAAGAUAACUGACUUGACCCCUUUUGGAGACUCGUACUGUAAAUAAAGGCACUUACAAUAAACUGAGAAUGUACUUACUCCACUUAGCCUUGACUCUGUUCGAGGAAAUUAACAACCAAGAGAAUCUGGUGCGUCAGCCUACCCCCUGGUUUAGAAGCGGUGCCCAGUCUUCCUAUUUUGUUUCUUCCCCGACUAAAUUAACACCCGGAAAUGGGUCUUAAAGCAGUCUUUCGUUCCGCCAGUAACGGCUGUGGGCGUGCGGCCUUCCCGUCCUUCCGUGUUUCCGCUUUCUUGAUAGGGCCGCGACAAAGUUCUGCCCUUCCCCUGCCGGGAUUGGCUGCCUCCGCCUCAGGGCCGGAGUUCUUUCCGCUACAAGUUCUCCCGCGCGGGGCGAGGCGUCUUUUCUCGUGCUACCUGAGGGUGCCGUCCCUGUGUCACCUGCCGCCGUGGGCUCGCGACCGUGAGGUCCACCUCGCGGCGCCUGGACUCAUGAGGGCGAAGUGGCGGAAGAAGCGGAUGCGGAGGUACGUGGCGCUGCGAGCUCUGUACCCACUCACGUCGAAGUCGCUGUGUCGGAGAUUGAUUAAUUCCUGACAAAAUGCCUACGUUAAUGGCUAAAACGAAAGAGAAGAAAGAUGAGACAGAGAUCCAAGUAAAGUGUUUUGAAAAGUGAUAAAGCCAUGGAGUGAGAUAAAUCACCAGCUGCUGCCCUAGAAAUUGCUUCCGAUGUCUUCACCUCUUGAAAGAAGAUUUUUCUUUUUUGUAAAUCUCUUUUCCUGAUUUGUUAUAUAGAAAAUAAAGAUGUUAUGGUAGUAAAUUGU